CGACGACACGGACUUGUGUAAUCAUUACUUCCCUACCAGCGUGAACUUUGAGGCACAAGGGCCUCUUUAAAAUGCUAUUAGCAAGUCUAAUUUGGUGUGUAAACGUCCUGACAGGUACAGUCUAACACCUCACUGAGGAGACCUGAACUACUGCUUGGCAAAUUGCAGAAGACUUUGAUGCCAUCUGUAUGUGACCCACCAGUCAGCCGCAGCCCCUCCUUCACAUUGCUGUGUAGUCCCCCUUCAGAGUCUGCCCUGGCUAUUAUCCUGGCAAUGUGGUUUGUCAUUUUUGACUGAGUGAUGGUGACCUGAGCUCAGGAGGGCUGCCUUUUAGGGAGGCAGUGGAACAAGGAAGAGAGAACCAAAUUUAAUGUGUAUGCGAUUGCACCAGUGAGUUGAUUAUUAAUGAUUUGUGUAUCCAAGCUCUGGUUAGCAUUUAUAAAGAAAAGCAAAGAACUCUGCACUUCAUUUUGGAAAGAGGCACCAGACUCCAAUGCCAGCAUGACAGAUGCCAGUCUUACAGGGUCGGCAGGAAGCGGGACGUCCACUCCCCCUCCGUCAACUGAUGACAGCAUGGCCAUCAACAAUGCGGCUGAUAUUUCAGUGAUUGUGGUCUACUUCAUCCUGGUUUUGGCCAUUGGCAUAUGGGCAAUGGUACGGACCAACCGCGGUACCGUGGGUGGAUUUUUCCUGGCGGGACGAAGCAUGGUUUGGUGGCCGAUUGGUGCCUCUCUGUUUGCCAGUAAUAUUGGCAGCGGUCACUUUGUUGGUUUGGCUGGGACAGGAGCGGCGGCUGGGAUUGCAAUUGGAGGCUUUGAGUGGAACGCCCUGAUGAUGGUUCUUUUCCUCGGAUGGCUGUUUGUUCCCAUUUACAUUAAAGCUGGGGUGGUGACCAUGCCUGAAUACUUAAAGAAACGAUUUGGUGGUCAGCGCAUUCGAAUCUACCUCUCCGUCCUGUCCCUAAUGCUGUAUGUCUUCACCAAGAUCUCAGCAGACAUGUUUUCUGGCGCCAUCUUCAUCCAGCAGGCUUUGGGUCUGGACAUUUACUUGGCUGUCUUCCUCCUGCUGCUGAUUACUGCUAUGUACACUGUGACAGGAGGUCUGGCUGCUGUCAUCUACACUGACACUCUGCAGUCCAUCAUUAUGGUUGGGGGUGCCUUCAUUCUACUGGGCUUUGCCUUCAAUGAAGUUGGAGGGUAUGAUGCCUUCACUACAAAGUACAUGGAGGCCAUUCCCAGCAUCACUACUGAAGUCGGCAUCAACAUCAGCGAAAACUGCUAUACACCACGACCUGACUCUUUCCAUAUUUUCCGAAACGCUGUUACUGGAGACCUCCCAUGGCCGGGACUCAUCUUUGGGCUGUCCAUCAUUGGUAUAUGGUACUGGUGUACUGACCAGGUAAUUGUUCAACGAUGUCUCUCUGCCAAAAACAUGUCCCACGUGAAAGCUGGCUGUAUUCUGUGUGGCUAUCUCAAACUGCUGCCCAUGUUCCUCAUGGUCUUUCCGGGGAUGAUCAGCAGGAUUUUGUACCCAGAUGUGGUUGCUUGUGUAGCUCCAGCACAAUGUCAGGCCAUCUGUGACGUACCUGUUGGCUGCAGUAACAUCGCCUAUCCCAGAUUGGUCAUCAAACUGAUGCCAGAUGGGCUGCGAGGUCUGAUGCUGUCUGUGAUGUUGGCGUCUCUCAUGAGCUCCCUGACCUCCAUCUUCAACAGCGCCAGUACUCUGUUUACCAUGGACAUUUAUGCCAGGAUUCGAAAGCGGGCUUCUGAGAAGGAGCUCAUGUUGGCCGGAAGGAUUUUUAUCCUCUUCCUCAUUGGUAUCAGCAUUGCCUGGAUCCCGAUUGUCCAGGCAGCUCAGGGAGGGCAGCUGUUUGACUACAUUCAGUCCAUCACCAGCUACCUGGGCCCUCCAAUCGCCUCAGUCUUCUUAUUGGCAAUCUUCUGCAAACGCGUCAAUGAGCAGGGUGCCUUUUACGGCCUGAUCAUCGGCCUGCUGAUCGGACUUUCGCGGAUGAUAGCUGAGUUUUCCUUUGGCACAGGGAGUUGUGUGCAGCCCAGCCAGUGCCCCUACAUCAUCUGUGGUAUUCACUACCUCUAUUUUGCCCUCAUCCUCUUUGGAGUCUCAUGCAUCAUUGUGAUCUCUGUCUCGCUGAUGACCAAACCUAUUGACGACAAGCAUUUGUACCGCUUGUGUUGGAGUUUGAGAAACAGAACAGAGGAACGAGUGGACUUGGAAUGUGACAUCCUUGAAGCUCGAGAGGAACCUGAACAAAUGAACACUGAUGAAAACGCUCCAGCAGAGCCCCCUGGCUGCUUCAGAAAGUUCUACAACUGGUUCUGUGGAUUCAGUCAAGGUCCAGCUCCUACACUGAGCCAAGAGGAGAAGGAGGCCAUGGAGAGGAAGCUCACCGAUACCAGUGAGGUACCAGUGUGGAGAAAUGUGGUCAAUGUGAAUGCUGUCGUCCUGCUAGCUGUGGCUGUGUUCUUCCAUGGCUUCUAUGGUUGAUUUUCUGUCACCUGAAAUUAAAGUGCUCAACCUUUUUGAGCCAAUCAGCAGGUGUUGGGGGAAAAGCAUCAUGGACUUGAAAGCUGCAAACACCUUAGAACAAUUUAACAAAGGGGGGCUAAUUUAUUAGUAGUACAGUACAGGUUUUAAUGUAAAAUCAUCAUUACAGGUUUGACUGAAUUUAUGAACCAUAGACAGUAAUAUUUGUUACAUGAGGAAAUGUAAUACAAAUAAUGAAGAAUAUGCAGAUUUUAACAAAUAAUAAAGUGACAGAUCUUUGUAAAAUUGUUAAAGUAUUCAGAUUUGUAUGAAAACCCUUUCCACUAUUUUGAAUGUCCCCCUGAGUAUCACUUGAACACACUUAAUUCAGUAUACA